ACAUAGCGGCGGUGUCCGCCCCGCUCCGGCCCCGCUCCGCCAUGGCCCCGCUGCUCCGGCUGUGUGCCCUGGCCCUGGCGCUGGCCCUGCUGCCCGCCGCCGCCGCGCAGGACGUGGCGGGAGAAUGUCGCCAGUAUACGAACAGGAGCUGUGAAGAGUGCCUGAAAAAUGUCACCUGCCUGUGGUGUGCCAGCAGCGGGAGGUGCAUGGAGUACCCUGUGCGAAGGAUCCUGCCCCCGGCUGACCUGUGYGAGCUCCGCUCUGCGCGCUGGGGCGUCUGCUGGGUGAACUUUGAAGCCCUCAUCAUUGCCAUGUCUGUGGUGGGAGGAACGCUCCUGAUGAUGCUGGGGGUGUGCUGCUGCUGCUGCUGUUGUAAGAAAAAGAGCAAAAAGCCAGACAAGGAUGAUGAGAGAGCAGCCAGGGAGCGGGAGAAGAGGCGGGUGCGGCAGGAGGAGAGGAGAGCGGAGAUGAAAUCACGGCAUGAUGAAAUCCGAAGAAAAUACGGUACAGUGCUGACAUGAGAGUGAUUCAAACUAAGCUUUAGUUGAAGCAGCCUCAGUGACUGUGCUCCCUUCCAUGGUUACAGCUGUAGAUGAGACCUGGCCAGCAGGACAAAYGUAGUCCCUGCUUCUCUUGGCUCAGUGAAUUGCUCUCUGGGGUCAUAGUGURUGAGCCCACACAAGGGCUAUUACUGCUGGGCAGAGAAGAGGGAGUGUACAAGGUUCUCCAGAACCUGUGACCUCCAAGCUGGCCAUGUGGGAGGAGCUGAUGGAGCUUGGCUGGAGGGGAGAAGCAGAAGCUGGCAGCACCAUGCUAAUGCUUGAUACCCUUAAGGCACAGCCCGCCAGUAGCCCAGUGGCAAGCAAGUGGCUGGGAAGCCAGUAGCCUGGGCUGUGGGGCCAGGUAGGAAUGAGAAUGCCCCCAGCUGCAGGAACACAGAGCAAGCACCAAUCCCACCACACUCCCAAUCYCACUGGUCCUCUGUGCCAGAACCUGUUCCCCAGGAGGUGCCUCAGUUUCCUGGGGAUGGGAGGAGCGGGAAAGCAAGUGCAGGAACAGUUUUGAUUUCAUUUGGGUCUGGCUUCUCUGCUUUUAAGUCCAGUCUGACAGAAGGGGAGUGCAGAGGGAAGAUUGGCCAGGCUGCUUUACCUGCACUGUGCAUGGACUGCCUGGGACA